UUCACCAUUUCUUUUCGCGGUUCCCUCCACCCUCGCCGUUUCGUUUCCUCCGCCUGCCCGCCGUACCAAUCCGGCCAACCGCCGGAUGGCGUCGUCGGCGUUCAAGUCCACCACGCGCCGCGACAUUCACGCCUCCUCCUCCUCCGCUUCCCGCUCCGACCCGCCCCCGUGCCCACGCCGCUCUCGCUCCCGCAGCGUCAGCGCCACGCCCCGCGCACGCGGGCACGACAGCCUCCAGGAGGACUACGCCAACACCCGAACCAACCCGCUCUUCGACUCCGCGGUCUCCCCAUCUCCGCCGCAGCAGCCGGCGGGGACCGCUACUAGCGCCGGCGGCGGGGAUGCGCCCAGGCGGUACAGAAAGCGUGAGCCGCUCAAGGGCGGGGGACGCGGCGGGAGAGCGCGGUCGGUGCCCGUUGCGCCGCAGCGGAGGCACUCCGCCUCGGCGCCGUCGGCGGACGGUGCUGGCGCUGUCCGCGGGAGGAGGGCUUCGCGGGCGCGGUUGGUGACAGAUACAGAGGCAAGGGAUGCGGCAAGGAAACUGCAGUCAUGGAGGAGUCGGCAUUUGAUUUCAGAGAGCAAACAAAGGGGAAUUGGUGCAAGCUGUUCAUCUCAGGGGUCAACAACUGGAGUGGGUUCCCGACAUAUGGAUGAAACAACACAUUUAGAAUGUAGCACUUUUGUUUUUUCACCAGAUCAUCAUCUUGACCAUGCCAUUUGGCAGCAGAACCAUUCAACUGUCCCAGUGGAUCCAGUUCUGGAAAUUCCUCCUGAGUUCGAUCCAGAUUCUGCUGAGUUUAUUUCAGACUUCAGUGAUUGUGCCACAGAAUACCGAAAGAAAGAUGUUGUGGAAAUCCCUCUUGAUUUUGAUACAGAUGCUGCUGAACUGGACUCUGAUGUGAGGAACAAUGCCGCAAAACAGCACCGGGAGCAAAUGGAAAAUUUCUCUUGAGUUUGAUACAGAUGCUUCCGAGCUGGUUUCAGACAUAUGGCACAUGAAGCAAACCAGCAGCUGGGGCGAUGGGAGCUCCUCUUGAGUAUGAUCCUGACACCUCUGAGCUGGCUCCUGACAUUACAGAAUAUACAAUAAAACUCAACAGUCACAUGAACGUGCUCGAAAACUUCGGGCAGAUUUGGCAGUUGAAGAGCAGCGGGAACAAGAACUGAGUAGAAUGCUGAAGGGCAUAGUAACAGCUUCAAAUUUUACUGAGACCCAUAAAAAACGGCCAAGAAGAAAGAGUAGCAUAGAAAGACUGAAAGUGUCAAGGCAUUUAGCUGAAGAGGCACUGAAUUAUUUCGAGGAAUGUGUUUCAAUUUCAACAAUGGAUGGCACUGAUUUCUCGUCACCUGAGGACCAUCAACUAAAUUCAGUUUUGAAUGUCCAACCAAAGAGCAAUAGUAGAUUUUUCCACAAAGGGAGAUCAAGCUCUCAAGAACCCCACACUCCAGCUGAUCAACAUGGCCAUCAUGAGUAGAAUGGCAUUUAUGGUUUCCCCCCUUCACUUCAGGAAUUUGACAAGCAAACUCAGUGCUCAAUUAGCAUAACUGGAUCUGAUGUAUCUGAUGGUGUUAACUUUAGUAACACAAAAUGCCACAUGAAAUUUAGAAACAACUCCAGUGAAGAUCUUGAUGGCCUUGACACUCCACGGAGCAGAAGUUCUUGUUUCUCUUUCACCCAUGAGUCAGUAAAAAAUGUUGAAAACUGUGAUGUUCCGCAAUACCUGGGGAAUUUUGGAAUGGGAAACAAUAAAGAGCUAAGAGAGACAAGGUCUAGUUAUUUUGCUGAUGACUAUGUCUCCCAGAAAGUUAACCCGGACUUACUGAAGGAUAUGGCGACCUUUCAGAAUCGAAUGCAAUAUGGAGGGCUUUUUAUAUGUAACGUUAGAACAUUCUGACAGUGUAAAUAGUGGCCACUGGCAAAUGAAGUUAAGUAAUUACCAUUGUAAUUUGUAAAGUGAUUAGCAUUGUGCAAUUAUUUGUGUUGUGGGUGUAUUUGUCCAUUCGUUUCUUUUUUCUUGUCAACUGUGAAUUUUUGGUCACUGCUAUGACCUUUUAUCAUGUUUCUCAUGCGUGCUAUUUUGUUUACAUGGGAAUAAUUUACGCCAGAUGUCCCACAUGAAGUUCA